CGAAAUAAUAUAAAAGAUAAAUCAUUUUUUUCUCAGUAUGUAUCCUUAAACGAUGGCGUUCUCACGCACACCGAUUGUUAUUUUUUGCAUAGUAAUAGCAGUUAAAGCAAAUCUAAUAAAGCAGCAAGGCGAUAUUGCAGUUAUAGAAGAAUAUAUUCAAAGUAAAAAGUCGGAAAUAAAUCAUAGGUUCAAACUACACUACCAUGUGACCCCACCGGUUGGAUGGAUGAACGACCCCAACGGAUUUUCAUAUUACAAAGGUGAAUACCAUCUAUUCUAUCAAUUCUACCCGUAUGAAAGUAAAUGGGGCCCAAUGCAUUGGGGUCACGUCUCAAGUCCUGACUUGGUUGAAUGGAAACAGUUACCAACAGCUCUAGUCCCCGAGGAGGAGAUGUGUUUUUCUGGAAGCGCAGUUGCCGAUGGUGAUAAUUUAGUGUUGAUGUACACAGGCCGAAUCAACUUAGAAGAUGACCUUUACUAUGAGAGUCAAUACAUUGCUUACAGUAAUGAUGGCAUUGUAUACAAUAAAUAUGAAGGUAAUCCAGUAUUAGCUUCUGCCCCAAAUAAUUCUCCAGAUUUUCGUGAUCCCAAAGUAUGGAAGCACGAAGAGUACUGGUACGUCAUAAUUGGAAGCAAAACUGAAGAUGAUAGAGGUAGAGUGUUGCUGUAUAGGUCUCCAGACAUGAAGAACUGGGACUUUUUAUCAGUCAUUGGAGAAUCCAACGGUAGCAUGGGCUAUAUGUGGGAAUGUCCAGAUUUUUUCGAGUUAGACGGAAAGUUCGUAGUUUUGUUUUCUCCACAAGGCAUAGAGCCUCAAGGAGAUAGAUACAAAAACAUUCAUCAAACCGGUUACAUGAUUGGAAGUUUUGAUUAUGAAACAUUUGAAUUUGUACCAGAAGUUGACUUCAAAGAAAUAGAUUUUGGUCAUGAUUUUUACGCUUCACAAACUAUGGAAUGGAAUGGUAAGAGAUUCCUUAUUGCUUGGUUUAACUCAUGGGAUGUCCCGUAUCCCGAAGGCGAAGAUGGAUGGACAGGAGCAAUGACCAUGGUUAGAGAAAUUAACUUAGUAGGCGAUACGAUAAUACAGAAGCCGCUAGAAAGUAUGUUGAAACUGAGAGAACGAAACAUUUGGACAGGAGAUCUAAAGUCAAUGGAAUCUGUAGAUUUCGAAAAGACAGGAGAAGUAAUUAUAAAUGGUGAUCUGUCCCAGAAAAUAGAAUUGUUGUUAGAAGGAAGUGACGGCGGUGAGUCAGCUUGGUUGAGGUGGGAUCCAGAGGUUGGAAAAGUAGGUGUUGACAGAGGAGUUGCUGAGGAUGUACGUCAAAUGGAAUGGGUGCCGAUUGAUUCUACUUCUUGGCGAUUAUUUUUAGAUGCUAGUUCUCUUGAACUUUUCUGCGGGGAAGGAGAAGUGGUGUUUAGUAGUAGGGUGUAUCCAGAUGGAAAUUGGAGACUGACUAACUUAAGCCCUCAAAACUUAGACGUUGAAGCAUACCAUUUGAGAAGGAGUAUAGACGAGUAAUUAUUCAAUUACGAGCUGUUUACUUUUGGAAAAAAAUACAGUUUAAAAUAAAGUUUUGCAAAUAUUGUGAUCAAUUCUUAAAA